AGACCACAACCCUCUCUCUGCCCGAAUACACACCUCACGCUGUGCGCACACCGGGCGCUGUGGUCAGGGAAACGACAGUCCUGUCGACCAGAUCAGAGGGCAAAGGCGACGAUAUCUCGGGUUUGACAAGUGACCUUGAAGAGGACUACACUUUGGAGGUUAAGGUCACCUUCCCACAGUAACAAGAAAUGUGAUGUCAACAUUUUACGCUCCCAUUGACAUCAUUGAAAUCAUUUAGGAGGAAGGCGGCUUUGACACAUCUGUUUGAGGAGCGGAAGAAUCACCUUAGUGCUACACUACAGACGCUUUUCUUCCCAUAGUGGUGUGGUAACCAUAGCAACCACUUAGAAGGUAGGUGUGGGAUGUGUAUACAUUAUGCAUGUUUAUAUUAUUUAUAUAUCUAUAUCUAUAUCUAUAUAUAUAUACAGAGAGAGAGAGAGACAG